AAACACAUGAUGUUCAGCCGUUCACAUUUGAGGAGGGGGACAGUUAUUGAACUAAAACACCCUCAGCGAUGCAUCGGUACUCGGACACUUUCCUCUAUCAUCUUUAUCACAUGGGAAAGGUCUGUGCGAUCGGACUGAAGACAUUCGUGGUGAAGAGCUUGUGAGAUGCUUUUGCCUGGAAAACUGUGACGCACCAGCUGACGGAGCAGGCGGACAGCUGUGGAAGAUUACGUCGGCAUUGCUUAUCCGAGGGACUUUAAAACCCAAAUCACAGUAUUUGGUGCAUCAGCAAAGUCCACUGCUUAAUAACAGCUACCACUAUUACGCAAAGACCUACAGAGGGUUGAUGAUGGACAACGGAGGGUUUUGCAACGGUAACUAUCCCAGUGGAAGCAGUGAUGAUGAGCUGGUGGAUAUUUCAGAUGUCACAAUGAACUUCAGUGAGGAUGUCCCGCCUCUGGACCUAGAUAACAGAGCGGGUAAGGACACAGGCACUACAGAAGAUGAUAUUAACCACUGCAAGGCAGAUUGGAGGCCGUACAGCAGUCCUAAGCUGAUAGAUCUACUGGAUGACAACGUUCCUGCCAUUGGCACGUAUGAGGACUUCAACACCAUCGACUGGGUACGGGAGAAGUCUAAAGACCGAGAUCGGCAUAGAGAGAUCACCAAUAAGAGUAAGCAUUCCACAGCAGCCUUGCUCUUCAGCAUCAGUGAUGCCUUUUCCGGCUGGCUUCUGAUGCUUCUCAUUGGACUCAUGUCAGGGGCCUUGGCUGGAGGUAUAGACAUUGCUGCCCAUUGGAUGACGGACCUUAAAGAGGGCGUGUGCCUGAAUGGGUUCUGGUUUAAUCACGAGCACUGCUGCUGGCGGUCCAAUGAGAGCACUUUCCACGAAAGAGACAAGUGUCCCCAGUGGAAAAGCUGGGCAGAACUCAUGGUUGGAGUCAGUGAGCAGGGCGGUGUACAUGUGCUGAAUCAUUUCAUGUAUGUGAGCUGGGCUCUUCUCUUCGCCUUCCUGGCUGUGAUUCUUGUGAGAGCUUUCGCCCCUUAUGCUUGCGGUUCAGGUAUACCAGAGAUUAAGACCAUCCUGAGUGGCUUUAUAAUUCGGGGUUACCUGGGGAAGUGGACUUUGAUCAUAAAGACCGUCACACUUGUGCUGGCCGUCUCGUCUGGCCUCAGUCUGGGGAAGGAGGGUCCGCUGGUUCAUGUAGCCUGCUGCUGCGCAAACAUCCUCUGCCAUUUCUUCACCAAAUACCGUCGAAAUGAGGCCAAGAGACGAGAGGUGUUGUCUGCAGCAUCUGCAGUGGGAGUGUCUGUAGCAUUUGGUGCUCCUAUUGGAGGGGUGCUUUUCAGUUUGGAAGAGGUCAGCUACUACUUCCCUCUGAAGACUCUGUGGCGUUCGUUCUUCGCUGCUCUGGUUGCAGCAUUCAUCCUUCGCUCCAUUAAUCCCUUCGGCAACAGCCGACUGGUCCUUUUCCAUGUGGAGUUCCACACUCCCUGGCAUCUUCUAGAACUCAUACCUUUUGUGCUUCUGGGCAUCUUUGGUGGGCUUUGGGGUGCUUUCUUCAUUCAUGCUAACAUUGCUUGGUGCCGUCUCCGUAAGAACACCCGUCUUGGCCACUACCCUGUCAUUGAGGUUUUGGUGGUCACCCUGCUUACAGCGUUGCUGGCGUUCCCAAUCGAGUACACUCGGAUGAGCAGCAGUGAACUGAUCUCUGAGCUGUUUAAUGACUGUGGUCUUCUGGACUCAUCCAAACUCUGCGACUACACCGGCAACAGUGGAAGCACAUCUGGAAGUGUUAAUGCCACUGCCGCUAAUGGUCUGGGGGCUCGGCUGGCGGGGCCAGGUCUCUAUACAGCUGUGUGGCAGCUAGCUCUUGCUCUGGUCUUUAAGAUGCUCAUCACUGUGGCUACAUUUGGCAUGAAGGUGCCAUCUGGUUUAUUCAUCCCUAGUAUUGCGGUGGGGGCUAUAGCAGGCAGACUUCUUGGAGUGGGCAUGGAGCAGCUAGCCGUACACAACCACGAACGGGACAUUUUUAGAGGCUGGUGCUCUCCAGGGGCAGACUGCAUCACGCCGGGCCUGUAUGCCAUGGUGGGCGCAGCAGCCUGUCUGGGUGGUGUGACCCGUAUGACCGUCUCUCUGGUGGUCAUUAUGUUCGAGCUGACGGGAGGUUUAGAGUACAUUGUGCCCCUCAUGGCUGCUACCAUGACCAGCAAAUGGGUUGCUGAUGCUCUGAGUCGCGAGAGCAUUUACGAGGCCCACAUCCGCCUCAAUGGUUAUCCUUUCCUGGGGGCCAAAGAAGAAUUCCGCCACAAGACUAUUGCCACGGAUGUAAUGCGGCCGCAGCGGAGCGACCCACCACUGUCUGUGCUGACGCAGAGCAGAAUGACUGUAGAGGAGGUGGAGAGACUCAUCGCAGACACCACCUACAGCGGCUUUCCUGUGGUUAUCUCACAGCAGUCUCAGAGAUUGGUGGGCUUUGUGUUGAGGAGGGAUCUGGUCAUAUGCUUAGAAAAUGCAAGGCGGUAUCAGGAGGGUGUAGUCAGCGUGUCUGCUGUCCUGUUCACUGAAUGUGAUCCGCCCGCAUCACCCAGCGCUCCUCCUGCAGUCAAACUGCGCAGCAUCUUGGACCUCAGCCCCUUUACGGUCACGGUUCACACGCCCAUGGAAAUCGUGGUGGACAUCUUCCGCAAGCUCGGUCUGCGACAGUGCCUCGUCAUUCAGAACGGGCGUUUGCUGGGAAUCAUCACUAAAAAGGACAUUCUUAAACACAUGGCGCAGAUGGCCAACAGAGACCCAGAAUCAAUCCUCUUCAACUGAAGACUCUCAAGACUGAACGGACAGGAUAAACUCACUCCUGCACACACACACACACACACACACACACACACACACACACACACACACACAGAGGGCUGAAUCAUCCUGCGAUGAUGCUGACAGUGGUAGGACUCUGUGUCACUGAAAUACUGCUAUAUAGAGUGGUCUGAGAGUGGCCUAAGGCAGCUUUUUGCAGCUUUCUGGAGCUGGACAUGUUCAGACAGGAGCUGUUUAGCCUGUCCGGAGGCUACAGAGACAGUAAUGUGAGAAAUGCUGUCCCCUCACACCUGUGAACCUCAUAAAAGCUGAUCUGAAUUGUUGCCAUGAGGACUUGCUGCAUGUGGACCAAAUGCUUUUCCUGCCUGCAUGUAUAUUUGAAUUUGGGGAUCAACGACUUCUUCUCUUUUGUGUUCUUUAUUUGUUUAUGGUGCUUUACUCUACUAAAAGUAGCUUGAACUAGCUUUCCACGGUUGCUAGUCUCUCAGGCUCGCCUGGGUUGCUGGUUUUGGGGAAUUUUGGGUAUUUAUUGGGCUGGGAGACCCAACUGACUGAGACCAGCCAACAAAAGGUAGCUCAAGCUAUUAUUUAGCAGGAUUUCCAUCCCUGGAGUGACGUUUGACCUCGAGAGGAACUUCAGAAGGGUGAGAACAUUCCUGAGAUGAUCUGGCAAACGUGCGUUAAGGGUGUCUUGUCUGAACCUGCGUGUGUCGAGCGAUCCCUGUGGGAAGAUGUGCCGCCUUUUGUCAAAGUGCAGUGAUAUUUGGUGUAUCAUAUUGAAAAGUCAUACUGACGCACUUACUUUUUCUCAUUUAUGCAUAUUAGCGAAACGCCGCCAGUAGUGCUGUUCCUCUAUUUCUCACUC